UCGUUUUUUCACAUUAUAUUCCAACAUUCCUUCUAGCAAAGAUUUUAAAUCAUCUACAUUAGUAUAUUAAGAAUAUAAAUUUAUCAUAGAAGAUACUUAAUUCCAAAAAACCUCUUUAUUAAAUUACAAAAGUUAAUAAAUCUGAUCUUUUUAAUAACACCCAUGCAUAAAAUAUGGAUUUUAAUGAAAUAUAAUCUAAAAGAGACUAACCCCAUAUGCAAAAACAUCACAUUUUUUUUCGUCAAUAACAAUACUCUAAUCCAUUCCUAAAAAAUUGAAGAUUUCCGGUGCAAAAUAGCCAGGUUUUUUAUUCAAAAAAAACCUAAAACACUCAUUAAAAUCUUUAAACCCUAUUUUUUUCGCAUAACCGAAAUCCGCUAAUUUAAAUUAAGAAUUUUCAUCAAAAAUAAAUAUAUUAUCCGGUUUUAUAUCAUUAUGUGCUAUAUUUUUUUCCUAAUGUAAGUAAAAUAAGGCAAUUCCAAUUUAUUUUACCAAUUUUUUAAUUUUAAUUAUGUUACUUUAUAGUAAAUUUUCUCCUUUUUUCCAUUCUACCUCAUCAAUUUCUGAGUUUUCUUCCUUCUUCUUGUAUAAACAUUACAUUUUUUUAAAAAAUUCUUACUUCUUUUAUAUGAGUACUUCAAAGCAGUCCUUCCCUCUUGCAAAUUCACUCAAUAUAUAAAUCCCCUCUUUAUGUUUUUUCAACUUUUUAGGCUCUAAAAUAUGCAAAUUAUUAAUCCUUCGUGUUAUAUUAUAUUCAUUUUCUAAUAAAAUACUUGCUUUUUUAGAUUAUUCUUGUAUUUUUCCGUCUUUAUGUACUGUUAUUACCUCCUUCAUGACUAAUGAAUCGUUAUUUAUUAUCGAUAUGAUCUUAUAUACGUCCGAAUAUAUUAUAUUUGUUUAGGUUUUGGACUUGAUAAUAUAUUUUUAGACAUAUUUCGAAUGCUAGUUUAGUAAUUAAUAUGGCUUAUUUUAUUAGGAAAGUAAUGAUGAAUUCAUUAUUAAUUGUUUUAUUGAUUUUUAU